CGCGAGCCGGAUGUGCAAUUUGAAAUCCAGCUCCGGGGACCGCGUUGGAUGCCUGGUUGUUACAGAAGAUGAGCGGAGACAACGUCAAGUUGUUUGUGGGCAACCUUCCUCUAGAUGCAACCCAAGAUGAGAUCAACAAGCUCUUUGCUCCCUAUGGGGAGAUCAACACCUGCUCCUUGCUCAGACAGUAUGCCUUCGUUACCCUGAAGGGAGACGGAGCCGCCGACAGGGCCAUACGCCAUCUGGACGGCAAGGAGUACCGAGGCAGACCACUUGUGGUGGAGGAGUCACGUGCCCGUCCCCCCAACUCCACCAAAGUUUUUGUGGGGAACCUGAGCGCAACAUGCUCUGCAGAUGACCUGCACAGCCUCUUCUCAACAUUCGGGAGAGUUUUAGAUUGUGAUAAAGUCAAAGCUCGGUUAUGUUCAAAUGUGGGCUAUGCAUUUGUGCAUAUGGAAAGGAAAGAGGAGGCUAUGGCAGCCAUUGACUCGCUCAACGGAACAAUUUUCAAGGGCCGUCAGCUGGCUGUAGAGCUCUCCAAAGCUCAACCUUUGGUCAACCAGCUCAUGUCUUCUGGGAAUUCAGUCGGUGGUAGAGAGGGUCUGCUUCCUCGACCAGCUGGCUCCAUGGAGCAUCACCAGAGUCACGCUGCUGUGCUUGCGGCAGCCGCAGCAGCUGCUGCCGGACUGCCAAUACAAGUUCAACAAAGCGUCCACAACUCCUUCUACAACACCACAUCAUUUGAUCCCACCUAUGCUGCCCUGAAAGGCAUUACAAGUUCAAAAGGCGCCGAUGGGGUCAUAUACGGCGCUCUUGCAAGCCAGGUGUACGGAUCUGUCGCUGACCAGGUGUACCAGGAUAUUGCCAAUCACACCAUUGCGCCCUCCGCCACUGAGGAGUACGAGGCUCAGAACACGCCGGAUCCAACAACACUUUUUGAGGCCGCAAGAGCCAAGUUCUUCCAGGAAGGACAGAAGGUUCUGGCUGAGCAGCAGGCGGGGAGAAAAACAACAGGAGCAACAAAUACAACUACCACGACGACAUCAUCCACGGCAACUUCAGAAACGGAGCGGGACCGCAGCCCGAUCAGAGGGAACCGGACACCCUUGCUUCCGGACCCAUCUCCAGGUUCCUUCACUCAGAAUCGCACCAAACGCCGUGCUCUGCUGCCAACGCCACCUGGGGUACCUGAAGACUCCACCACUGCAACUGCUGAAGCAGCUGAUCCUGUUGCCAGGUCCUACACAGAAUAUUACCAGCAGAUGCAUCAGUACCAACAGUACCAGCAGCAGUACCAGCAGCAGUACCAUUACCUCCAGUAUGCCUACACCAACCCUCCUCCACCCCCUCCUCCACCGGCCACCACAGAUUCCGCCAGCUCGGUCCCGCCGCCCCCUGGGACAUACACGGCGCCUCCAGCUUACUCUGCCACCCAAGACUACGGACCCCCGGGUACCUACGACCCCCCUGAAAGUUACGUGUCGUCGCAGAGCUACUCCGGCAACUACGACACCUCGGCCGCCUAUGACGCAUCGGGAGGCUACGGGGCUGCGGGAGCGUAUGAUACAUCCGGAGCUUACGCAGCAGCGGGAAGCUACUCCGCAUCCACACCGUAUGAGCAGACACCCGCACACGGGCAACCCACGCCCCAGCGCAAUGAUUACCCUUACAACACGCCAGAGCCCCCUUACCGAUAGUCCCACCUCCUACACACACACACACUCCCUCCACACUGCAGAUGUGUGUGUACAUGAGUACUUGGUUAAGGGGUAGUAGAAAGGGAGAACUAAUGCAGGCAAGAAGGUUGUAAUUUCAGUGAAGCAUUUUGGCUAACCGCGUCUCCAAUUGGCGAGAAUUCAUUUCACAGGACAAUGAGUACUAUCACAAAUAAAAUAAUAAAAUACAAUCAGGAAGUUGUUGAACAGUUGCUUUGGUGAGGACGAAAGUCAGUUUUUUGUUUUUUUUGCCUUACAUUGAAUCAGUUUUGUUUGGCAGUUAUGUAAUCUCGCGGUUAGAAACGUCAGGCACAGAUUCAGUCUGUGUUUGAUCCCAUAUUGACAGGAAACCAGCCAUUUUGUAAGUAAGUUGGUUAAACAUGCAUCAUUAUGAAAUGACAUACUCAACCCAGGGUUGUUUUUUUUCAUCCCACUCUAAGGUGUACCCAUAUGGCCCCUCUGUGGAGAACGUAUAAUUGGCAUCAUUUCAGCAGCAUUUACUGAUGAUAAUCCAACCAUUUUAAUCGCCCUAUGCUGCCCUUGGUUUGACAAAAUUCAAGGAGGAGGACGUUAUUAUAGUCAAAGCUGUUGUCGUGAGGAGUUACUCUAGAAUUGUGACGUUAACCAAAGUUGGUGUGGCUGAGUCAGGUUGGAAAUGGUGGCUAUCUGCCUUGUUAUCGCUCUAGCUCAGUCUACUCAUGCAAAGUUUUCUUUCCAUUUUCACUGUUGCAUAAUCCCAGCAUCAGGUGUCAAAAGUUCUUUUUUUCUUCUCAAGUCAAUAUUUAACCACAUUUUGGAUAUUUUCUCAGGCUGUACACACAUUGUUUUUUGUUUUGUUUUUUUUGUUUUUUGUUUAGACAAUUCUUAAAAUCAGUAAACUCGGUUUGGUCUGUUGUGUUCCAACAAUCUAAUGUCUCAGCUACUUUUCCUACCUGAUAUUGUUUUUGUUUGAGACUCGCAUAUAUACUUGGUCUUCUGUUUUUUAAUCGAACAAGUUGUCUGCCAACAUUGGAUUCCACGGUAACAUUGACAUUUAAGAAGUAUUGGAGAUUAGAGGGGGAUGUUGAGUUGAAGAGUUUGUAUGGUAGCAGAUGAAUGUUUAUAGGUAGCAAAUGGUGUAGGUUCACAGAUUAAAUUAGAGCAGGGUUUCCCAAACUUUACAAUUGGAAAUAUUGUGUUUGGUUGGGGUGUUUAGUUGUAGAACAGUGGUGAAGAAAGCUUAGGACCCUUUGAAUGUUUUCCCUUCAAAUCUGAGCAGAACCAUGCAAGAAUCUACGGUUUUUGGCCCCUUUUUCCCUCUGGGAAAGCACACUAACUAACACCUGGAUGUAUUUUCAUAGUUGGCAUCAUUACCUUUCACACAUAAGUAAUCACAAUCCACAUAUUAACUUCAGUCAUUGGUCACUACUUGAGCUAUAGCCUCACACGCUACAAUAUUCCAGCUUCUCCAUGUGAACUUGAUAGUUGCAUGCCAUGUUGUUGCUGCUGCUCCAGCCACCUUCUUCCUCUUGCUGAUUAUUGCAGCUAGAGUGGGAGGGAGCCAAACUCUGAGCCCUUGCCCUGGACGUACGCCAUGCGCCGCUGUAGCGCGGGAUGGGGGAAAACAGCAGCGUUAGGCCCCCCCGAAAACUGCUGUGGACGAUGGGGGGUGGCCCCCCCGCUAAGGUAAACACUCAGACCACACACUCCUGCCCCGGCCCUCCCGAAAAAAACACGCGUCACACAGUUUGCAGACAUUCUGACGCACACAUGUCAAUGUCCAAACCUUUUUUCAGGAAACACCUGACCACUGUUUUCACUUCUUUGGACAUUUUUCCAAUGUUUUUUUACCCCCCUUCCACUUCCGCCAAAAGUCAUGCUCAUACAUUCCUGCCCCUGAAUACCAUAUGUGUGUGAUCUUUGAUGAUGGCAUCGAAGCAGGCGUAUUCGUGCCGUUCCCAGAGCCCAGGGGUAGGUCACAUCGUAAGGACGAUCCCUUGUUUGUUUUUUGUUUUUUAUUUCUUUCCUACACUAUGGCCCCUUUAGGGUUAAGUGCCUUGCUUUGAAGAUAACACCGCUAGGCCCUCCAUUUCAGAGGCCAACACAAAGCUGGCACAGGAUCAGUUGCUGGUUCAACGCUCGACUCACCCGCAGUGCCCCUCUUUAUCUCCCACCACAACGAUUUUCAGUGCGACUCUCAACCUGUACGACACAAAUUCUCAUUUUUGUUUCAAAUGACAUUUUGUCCAAUGUUCUUUUGAAAUGUUUAAUUAUCAAUAAAUAAAAAAAGAAAUUA